GAGCGAGAAUCGUAUCGGUACUGAGAAAUCCUCCGUGAAUAUAGUUGCCUGACCUAUCCUUUGCUUAUUAUUACACAGUACGAAGAACAAAAGAGGUGAAGAACGAACCUCCGGACGUCAAACCUCAUCCUCAUUAAGAAGUACAGCUCCCAUCAGAGCUAACUUGAACGCCAUUCCGGCCAGCGAACCCUGGUGGUGCUUAGUAGAAAUAAUGGCGGAGGGUGUUUUGGUCAUCUAUUUACAGUUAGAGGGACGACCAUACCAUCGUUAUGAAGGCGUUGUUUUUUCUGCUUGGCGCUGCCAGGGUGGCUGUCUUCCCACUUCGUAGGCUAGGGCGGAGUUCCGGUUAACUUUAACGCGAGCCGUACCAUUCGGUGAUCCUCUGUUACGGAGCCCCUCGAUACCUGCAUCGUUCGCGUUGCAUCAUAUUGGAACCGCGUCAAGUAAAAAUAUACAGGCGACCAGGUUGUUAUCAAUGCACUCGUAUUUUAUCAGACGGCAGUGAUAAAGCUUGGACGAAGCGUUUCACCCCAUACCGUGUGGUGACUUUUGCAGCGCAACUUUUGUGCCCAGUUUCCGUCUCGACGCCGCCGACGUAUCGUUCAUUGCUCAUUCAAAAGCAGGUGCAGUAUUACAGCGGGGGAGUAUCGCGAACACGACGAAAGAGUGAUUCUCACGUCGUCGACAGAGAGCUGGACAACUGCCAGUAUAUUGUAUACCCAGGGACGCCUGCCGGCUCCGGGUGAAUGAAAGGCGGAACUAUUACGCGGAGAUGAUAGGUUCAACCCGAGAGCGCGGCAAACCCGUCUAGUUGCAACGCGCGCUGAACUGUCGUCUGCCACAGAUCAAACGUACGUGGUGCAAGUGAACGAGAGCGCUUGUCUUAAUGGACCAUGGAGGAGGUGUAAUCCGUGAGUCUACUGUCCCCGCAAGUGUGCACUGCCAUGCAUCCAUGUGUGGAGGAUUGUCGGCUGUUCUUUCUGCGGCUUUGGAUACUCUCUCGCCUGCGUAACAGACGAUGGUGGAUCCCGUUCGUUGUCGCGCUUCUUCAGGCAAUACCCGUGGUAGUCCUGCUGUUGGUGCGUAGCAUGGGUCCUGAGGGAAAAGUAGCCAAGAGGGAGGCCCAAUAUUUUCCCCCUCUUUAUCUCAACAAUGCUACCGCAGAGUCGAUGUUCCGUCGCUUGGUGUAUGCACCGUCCAAUCCUUAUACCGACUCUGUUGUGCGGCACGUCAAUGGCACGUUCCAGGGCUUACUUCUUGAACCAUUCAGUACACUUAAAGAGUUGGAGAAGAGGCUCGAAGCUCCAGACAAACACCUCGGACGAGAUAUGGCAGCGGUAUUGUUCUCCUCCUCCAGUAACGUCCACCGCCUCGAGUAUACGUUUCGUAUGGUUCCGUUUCCUCACGAUGGAACAUCACGGACUGACAAAGUCCGUUCGUCUUGGAGCGAACCUGGGCCUCGACCUAUGCUUUCCAGAGAGAAAGAGGAACUUCCUUUACUCGUGUCUAGCAUAUUCCGUGGUCACCUGGAACAUUGGGGCUAUUCCACCCCACCUGUCUUCCUGGAAAGAUUUCCUUUCCCUGAAUACUCUGCCGAUAUUUCUUUCUUGGGUAUCGUGCACUGGAUCCCAGCCCUGGUUGUGACCUGCCCCGUCAUCUUCGUUGCAUAUUUCGUCUGGGUCGCUGCAGAAGAACGUGACCUGCACCUUUAUCUGCGAGCGUUGGGCUUCGGAAUUCAGGAUAGACUUACCAGCUUCUUCAGAGGCUUCGUACCGCUCUUAUUUUAUGUGUGUCUUAUUACAACCUUACUGCACGUACCAGUUACUAAAAGAGGUGCAGCAAUACUAGGGGCAACAUCUUGGAAAGUGACCAUGCUCCUGUUACUGGUAUACUCUUGCCAACUAGCGCUCGUGGCGCUCUGCCUAACGUCGUUGAUAAGAACGCGUCGAUGGUGUAUUGGGGCAGUCCUGUUCGUCUGGUGUGGGACAUGCAUACUUCCGGCCAUCCUGCUUAGAAGAUACGUCAGCGUACAUUCCUGGAAUAAGUUACUGUCUUCCAUGUUCUUGCCGAACAUUGGCACGUUUUGGGCUUUCCGAGCAGUCAGUUCAGCAGAAGCAACUGGAAUGGGCCUAACCUUGACAUCGCCAAUGGAUAUUACGUUGCUCGGAUAUGUCGGGCUAUUGGCGGCCUCCUGUUUACUGUUCAUGGGCUAUCUUUGGUUCGUCGAGUGGCUCUAUGGUCAACGGGGUGGUUUCGUUGACUGUUUCCAGAAAAUGAGCUGCCAGAGUUUCCAAGAUGCCGUCAAAAACAGGAAGGUCAAUAAGGCAACAGAUGAAGGAGACGCAGCGGACCGAACCGGUAUCAACCUUGCGCUAUGCGACAGGGUGCCUGUCCUCCGACAGACAAGUUCGACGCGUGAAGUAUUGAUUCUAGAAGAUAUCGAAGCAAGUACACGUCAUGGGAUGCACAAUGUCAACCUGAGUGUAUUUGCGGGAAGAAUCACAGUAAUUUUGGACCAUAAUGCGUGUGGAAUAUCGGAGCUGUUCAAAAUGGUUACAGGGAGCAAGAGACCACGGAUGGGAAAAAUAAAAAGGAAAUACGAUACGCUCAGUGCGCAGCCGGAGAAAGACGAGUAUGUGCUUUCCACGCCCAUUGGAGAGCUCCUUCGCCUGUUCACACUGCUGAAGGGUUGCCCUGCGGAGGAUGCGCAAGCCAAUAUUGCGUCAGCACUUGAGCACCUAGAGUUAGACCAGUUAGACGCAGGCCAAGUUGCAGGGAAUCUUUCAUUGUGCGAGCGCAGCCGCUUGCGCGUAGCGAUCGCUGGCAUUGGGAGACCCGAAUUACUCGUCCUGAAAGAUCCAACAGCCCUCAUGACUCCGGUCGGACGCGAAGCUACAUGGAAAUAUCUACGCCAUUUACGUGAGGAGCGGACCUCAGUGUUAUUAAUGACCACGUCGCCAACCGAAGCAGAGUUCUUGGCUGAUACCUUGGCCGUUCUAGAAGGUGGCAGAAUUCAAUGUUGCGGGACAAUGCCCUUCGUACGCAAACAGUUAGAAACGGGUUAUGAAGUACGCAUAUCCAAGGGUCCAAACUGGGAACCAAGGAAGAUGAACGAUCUCAUGCAAUCAACGGGUCUUGAACGCUCCGCUACUGUCUGGUAUCGCAUCGGCGAAAAGGAGCCGCAAGAGCUGGCGGAAAUUAUGAAAACACUGGAGGGACUCGAACACGACGGUCACAUAUCUGGUUUCCUGCUGAGAGCGAGAACCCUACACGAUCAAAUUACAAAAUGGAGCUCCCUUGAUGAAACAGACUCAAGCAGCUUAACGGCUGUUCACUCAAUACCAACGUCUUUCUCGGAGAGCUCGGCGUGCACGCAACUCCUUGCCAUCCUUGAGAAGAAAUACAACAUUACUCGAAGGGGCUGGAAGUUUCCUGUCGUGACUUUUGUACUGAGCUUCAUAGUGGCGUUUCUCGUGCCCGAGGUUGUCGCAAGGUUGUUCGGUAGCGGCCACCUGAUGAUGCUUAUGACGUAUACGGCUCCCCACCGGUCCACCGUACUGUCUGCACCUCCAGGAGAACCCUUCUUAAAACAUUACUUCAACGAAAGUGUCGAAACGAGGGACAUCCCUGCAAAGGUGUUAGAAGGAGGCUUGCAAGGUUAUGCAGAUCGUUUCCAGAUGGGUGUUGCGGUCGUAAGGGACGGUGUCUUUGCCUGGUUCAACGGCGCCCUGCUUCACACGUCAAUCACGUCUCUGGUCACCAUUCAGGAUGCAAUGCUCAAAAACAUCACGCACAACGAGUCAGCUACCGUGGUCGCCAGCAACCAUCCUUUGCUGGACAGCAUGCUGUACACGCGUAACCUAUUGACGCACCGCUUCGGGUCUGCAAUGUUCAUGUGCGUUGCACUGGCAUUACUGGCAUCGAUUCCUGCUGUUCAAGUUGCGCAGGAGCGCGCCUCCAGAUUCUACGCCCUCCAAAUGUCGUCUGGGCUACGACCAGCGUUCUACUGGAUCGGCCACUUGGUGUGGGACUUGCUUCUAGGCCUGGUCUACGCCGUUAUUAUGACAAGCUUAGCGGCUGCCACUGACACGAUCGGUGACAUUCGCAAUGUCCCAGCAGUCGCUCUGUUCAUCUUGUUGUUGACGCACUCUUUGUCCGUGCUCUUUCUCGCGUACCUCAUCGCCAAGGCGCUUUCACCCCUGUGGACAUUUUUUGCCGUGUUUCUUGGUGGCUCCAUUACAGGUUGCUGUGGGAUAUGGCUCGCUACUGUCAAGGAGACAUUGGCUUUCGAAGACGGGACGACGAGCGAAGACCCUGCCAAGUGGGGUUUCCGCAUAUUGGUACCUUUCUUUGCGGCCCCAUGGGGUGCCACGAACCUGAAACUUGCCGGUGCUUUGAGGAGGGCGUGCUCAAUCCACUCUACUCUGGAGGAAGCUUGCAACGCUCUGGACCAACGUUGUUGUGAGUGGAAAUGCUUCAACGGGACAUGUCCCUUGAUGGGUCCGUGGUCCUCGACAGAAGGCGGCGUUGGAGACGAAAUUCUAAGCCUGCUAGCCGAAGGUGCUCUUUUAUGUCUACUGCUAGUCUGUAUGGUGUACUACAACUCCGAUCGCCGAAAUGAAGACGCGAGCACCGUCCUCGACGUUACCGAUCUGUGCAAGAAAUCGAAGAAUGGUUUCGAAUUGCGAAACAUAUCUCUUCGCGUGGGCCCCGGUGAAUGUCUCGGAGUCGUUGGGUCAACUGGGUCAGGGAAGUCAUCCUUCGUGGGAAUUAUUGCUGGAAACCUUGCUCCAUCACGAGGACGGGUUACAGUUACCAGGAGCAUGGGCUUUUGUCCUCAAGAAGACUGGGUACCAAAAAGUCUUUCCGCUCAAGAAGUGCUGCACUUUUUUGCGAGAAUACGAGGUGUGAAGAAUGUUGUCGAGUGCUGCAGACAUUGGCUAGAGUUAAUCGACGUUCCUGCGGAAUCCAUCUGUGGCCAACUCAGGUCAGGCGACCUCCGACUUGUGUCUGUGUGCUGUGCACUCGUGGGUCAUCCCAAACUGUCAGUGCUAGACGAGCCAUGCGCCCGUUUGGAGCCGUCCCACGUUCGACGACUGCGUCACAUACUGGAGACUCGCAAAGAAGACGUCGCAGUUGUGCUUACUUCGGAAAGGAUCAACGAUUGCCUGUCUCAGUGUUCCCGCACAACACACAUGGAUAAGGGACUCCUGAGUACAUGGGAGGAUGGAGAAAAGGAAGAAUGUGGCCAAACGCUACUUGUUCACUUCCCCAACUCUUAUACUGAAACUAAGGAACAUGUCUACCACGUGAGCCGAAGCGCUGCGAUAAGAGAGCUCAUCGAAAAACAUAGGGGCCAGAUUUUCCAUGUUGAAGACGCCACGAGUGAAAACUACUACAGAGCUCGUCACAGGGGAGUUCCCUGUAGUGCACAAAAUACAAGCAAUAUAUCUGAACCUAGGGUGGCAACAACCCUGAAGUGAGCUCCUCACAGGAAAAUGUGCUAACAUGUCGGAAUGUUGCACUUUGUCAAGGUGGUAAGAGCUGCUAAUAAGAUGAAGGCAUACCAAAACAGCAUGCGCAUCACACAUGGACAUCUACCUCGCACGUGACAAGCCCAGUGAAACUACGUUCUAUACGGCAUAUUUGUGGUUGCAACACUGUCAAUUCAAUGCUUAUUGACUGUAAAGAAAAAUUAACCUAGACAGUAUCCCACUACAAAAAGAAAAAAGGAGAAAGAAAAGAAAACAGGAUGACUUUAAUGGUUCCUGAAACCCUGCCCUGGAAUUCGAAAAUGCUGUUUUCAGUUCGAGGAAAACCCUGGAAUUUUCCACAGUCAUUGAGAACCCUUGAUUUUGCACCUUUCCUCAUUCUCGUAGAGCUGCAGUGCAAAUUCUGCUUAUCCGGAAUCGGAACUCAGUGCAGUAGGAAUCAACGGCGCUCUUCGUUGUAUUCCUCACCAUUCCUUUCUAUCCCAUGAUCUUACCAUUUGGGAAUGCUCUGAAUGCUGCUAAAUGUAGCUUAUAAAUAUUUUUGUGAAAUAUUGGAGUCGCAGCCACAAAUCGUGUUUUGCAUCCCCUAGAAAAAUGACUGCCGAGCCUUUGAAGGUCCUUUAAAAACCCUUGAAUUUUGGCCCUGCGGAAGGACAACACACUUCAUUUGGUAAUGCAUGUCCUGCCUUUUUUGGAGGCGACAACAGAAAAAAGUAUUGGGUAAAAGAAUUUCAUUUGUUUAUUCUCACGUCAAAUAUUGAGUUGCAGCAUUUUUUUUUUUCAAACAUGUCCAUGCUCAGCACUUAAUGCUGAAUGCAAACGGUAUACGUGACGGCAAUAUAGAAGAACGGAACUAGGCAUCAUUAAUGCAGCAGAUUUCAAUCUCUUUUGGGGCACACUGAGAUGGUACAGAGUAUUGACCAGACAUCUCAUCAUAAUAUGUUGCUUGAAAGACAUGAUUUAUGCAGACAUGAUCUGCAAUUCCUUUGUUGUAAAGUACUAUGUACAGUUAUUACGUGCAUCACGUUCCCUACACACAAGGUAAGGCUUGGGUUAAUUGCUCGAUACCAGAUUUGAAAUGCGGGAUUGCCCAUUUCAGUUCGCUCACAUAGCACAUUAAAGCAUACAUUUCCUGCUAUCAUAUAUGUAUAUUCUCUCUGUGUAGAUACUAUAUAUGUACGUAGGCGACCUCAUGUGGACAAGGUGACCGACCGCGUUACACAUGAGAAUUGCACGGUGGCUUGAAAGACAUUUUCACAACUAUGGGGGUGGUAUAAGCAAAUAGAAGUCUCAAUUAAUAAUUAUUAGCAAGGUUCUACGCAAACAAGCUUGGUUGUACCUAAAUAGGGCUUUAAAAUGUAACUCGAUAAAACUGUAAAUAUCCUCACAAACUUAUGACUGCUUUAGAAAACUCCACGGCAUCUAUGAAGGCAACAGUGAUAUAUAACGUCUGUUGUAAACACCUAGCACUAAACAGCAGGAUCCACUUCCGAAAUGAUACAUAAAAGGCGUGAAAAUAAAAUACACAAUGGCAGUUGUCUAUUCUUCAUCAAAUGCUUCUUCAACUUGUCUUUCUGGAAUAAAAAUAAUAAUAAUUUA